AUGAAGCUCUCCACUGCUCUCUAUCUGCUCGGCCUCAGCGGCCUUGUCGCUGGACAAUGGGAAGAGGAUCCAGAUGAUCUCCCAGAGGAGCCGGAACCUACUGCUCCAGUCCCUCCUAGGCCCACUGGUGGUCUUCCUCCUCGACCAUCCGUCAGCGUGCCUGGAAUUCCUUCUCUGCCUCCUAGGCCUACGGGUGGUAUCCCUCCUCGUCCCUCCGGUAGCGGUCGUCCUCCGGUCCCCAGCUUCUCGCUUCCAGGACCACCAACCGGUCUUCCCCCAAUCCCCAGCGGAAGGCCUUCUUUCACCAUCUCCGUCCGUCCUUCUGUUCGACCGACACCAACCCGCUCAGUCCGACCAGUUCCUACCGGUCGCCCCUCUGGCCGCCCCUCUGGUCCAGCCGUCCCCUCCGGCCGUCCGUCUGGUCGCCCAACUCGCUCCAUCGGUCUCCCCCCAAGGCCCACUCCUACUGGCGAUGGAGAUGAUGAGGACGAUGAUGACGAUGAGGACUGGCCCUGGGGCCAGCAGCAGUAG